GGGGAGAAGCUGGGGCUGGCGGGGAGGAGGAUGUGCCAGGGGGCGGCCGCCGGGCUGGGGGCUGUCCCCUGCCUGCCUGGCUGAGAUGCCCCCGGCUGCGCUGAGUCACGGACGGGCACCCCCACGGCCACCAGCUCAGCGCUGCCCCGCUGGGCUCUGAGCAAUGUGACUCACUCCGGGAGGGAGAUCUCGUCAUCCCUGCAGGGGCGGGGAAGCGGAGGGCUGGGGCGCUGGGGGCGUCCGCGUGGAAGCCCGCCGCCAGCCCGGCUGCCCCGCGCAGGUGCCCGCUCCAAGGUGGACCUGAACAGGCCUGUCCCGGGCUGCCUGUCCCGCCGUGGGGCGCCGUCCUCCCCAACAGGCAGCGACUGUCCGGGGUGACUUCGGGGAGGAAGAUGGCCGCCAGUGUCCUGCUGGGCUCCACACUGCUCCUGCUUGUCCUGGGCCAAGCCCGUGCCCCCUCAGGUGCCCGCGCCGGCGGCCCCGGGGAGGACUUCCGCUUCUGCGGCCAGCGGAACCAGACGCAGAGGAGCCGCCUGCAGUACGAGCAGACGUCGGAGCUGCUCAUCUCGGUCAGCAACUCGGAGUCGGCCCUCACCAUCCGGGCGCCCUUCCCCGGGCUCCCGCCGGCCUCCCGAGACUUCCCCGAGCCCCGGGGCCUCUACCACUUCUGCCUCUACUGGCACCGCGGGGCCGGGCGGCUGAACCUCGUCUACGGGAAGAGCGACUUUCCGCUGAGCGACCGGGCGUCCGACCUGCUCUGCUUCGGGCGCCGGGAGACCCAGGCCCAGGGGCCCCCGCUGCUCGCCGCGUCCGUCAGCUCCUGGUGGAGCCGCGGUAACACCAGCCUGCCCAGCGCUGCCGGCUUCAACUUCUCCUUCCACAACCCCCCCCAGGCCGCCUCCCACAAUGCCUCGGUGGACAUGUGUGAGCUGAAACGGGACCUUCAGCGGCUGAGCCAGCUCCUGAGGCAGCCGGGGAGGGGCGGGCGGCGGCUCCCGCCCACGCCCGUUGGCCAGCAGCUGCAGGACCUGGAGUCCAAGCUGACCUCGGUCCAGUUCCCUGGGGACUCGGUGUCCUUCGAGGAAGACCGGGUGAACGCCACCGUGUGGAAGCUGGGGCCCGCGGCCAGCCUGCAGGACCUGCACAUCCGCUCCCGGCAGGAGGAAGAGCAGAGCGAGGUGCUGGAGUACUCCGUGCGGCUGCCCCGCGCCAUCUUCCAGAAGACCAGAGGCCGCAGCAGCGCGUCGGCCAAGAGGCUGCUGCUGGUGGACUUCAGCAGCCAGGCCCUGUUCCAGGAUGAGAAUUCCAGCCAGGUCCUGGGGGAGAAGGUGCUGGGCAUCGUCGUGCAGGACACCAAGGUGGCUGGCCUCUCGGAGCCCGUGGUGCUCACCUUCCAGCACCUGCCCCAGCCGAAGAACACGACUCUCCAAUGUGUCUUCUGGGUCGAGGACCCGACAUUGAGCAGCCGGGGGAGCUGGAGUGAUGCCGGCUGUGAGACCAUCCGCCAGGAGACGCAGACGUCCUGCCACUGCACCCACCUGACCUACUUCGCUUUGCUGAUGGCCCCCUCCGUGGACUUGGACGCCGUGCACAGGCACUACCUAUCCCUGCUGUCCUACGUGGGUUGUGUGGUCUCCGCCCUGGCCUGCGUCUUCACCAUCGGCACCCACUUCUGCUCCAGGCGGAAGGGGCGGGACUAUACCAUCAAGGUGCACAUGAACCUGUUGCUGGCCGUGUUCCUGCUGGACGUGAGCUUCCUGCUCAGCGAGCCGGUGGCCCUGGUGGGCUCGGAGGCGGGCUGCCGGGCCAGCGCCAUCUUCCUGCACUUCUCCCUGCUGGCCUGCCUCACCUGGAUGGGCCUUGAGGGCUACAACCUGUACCGGCUGGUGGUGGAAGUCUUCGGCACCUACGUCCCCGGCUACCUGCUCAAGCUGAGCAUCGUGGGCUGGGGCUUCCCCCUCUUGCUGGUGACCCUGGUGGCCCUGGUGGAUGUGAACAACUACGGCCCCCUCACCCUGGCCGUGCGCGGGGCCCACGAGAGCGUCACCUACCCGUCCAUGUGCUGGCUCCGCGACUCGCUGGUGGGCCACGUCACCAACCUGGGCCUCUUCAGCCUGGUGUUCCUGUUCAACACGGCCAUGCUGGGCACCAUGGUGCUGCAGAUCCUGCGGCUGCGCCCCCACGCCCAGAAGUGGCCACACGUGCUGACGCUGCUGGGCCUCAGCCUGGUGCUGGGCCUGCCCUGGGCCUUGGUCUUCUUCUCCUUCGCUUCCGGCACCUUCCAGCUGGCGGUGCUCUACAUCUUCAGCAUCAUCACCUCCUUCCAAGGCUUCCUCAUCUUCCUCUGGUACUGGUCCAUGCGGCUGCAGGCCCGGGCCGGCUCCUCCUCUCUCAAGAGCAACUCGGACAGCGCCAGGCUGCCCAUCAGCUCGGGCAGCACCUCGUCGGGCCGCAUCUAGCCGCCGCCUGGACCUCAGAGCCGACUCCCGCGGGCCCCGGGUGGGCCUGGGGACGCCCCGGCUUGGGAGGCUUGAGGCCUUUCUGCUGCCGCUCUCACAGUCGCUCUCCGCUGCCCAGGGCAGCCCUUCCCCUCCCGCCCCCCACAGCCCGGGACCCAGUCCCAGCACUGCUUUGGGGGCGGAAGGUCCCAGGGGCCACGGGGGCCUGCCGGGUGGGCCUGUGCCUGCCCCUGAGUCAGCAGGGCAAGGCCAGCUGUUCCUCAACUGCGCCCCCUGCUCAGUGCUCGGAGCCCCCACCCCGGGGCUGGCCUUUCCACUCUCCUGCAGCAGGAGCUGUCAAGGGGGCACCUCACUGCAGCACUGCACAGCCAGACAGAGGCCAGGGGGCGCACCCCGCUCCGCCCCCCAGCCGUGAGCUCAUCACAGUUCGUUCUUUUGGACACCAAUUGGGACCAACAGACCUGGUCACUCCUCCUUGGCAUCGCUCAGUCUGACACGUGAGGCGUGUCAGAGACAAGAACUCCAGAAGCUUCAGGAGCCCUUAUUCCUUACUUGGGAAUCCAGGAGGACUUCUCGUAGGAGGCAGUAUUUGAUCUGGAUCUCCGCCUUAAAAAUGGGUGGGAUUUUCCUCCUGUCUUUUUUUUUUGUAAGGGAUUUCAUUUUUUAUUGCCAGUUUGUUCAUCUUUUGAUAUUAAAAAGUAUGUGUUUACGAUAGAGAACGUGGAAGCUGUAGAAGAGUAUAAAGAAGAACUUAAUAAAAAUCAGUAGCUGUUUUCUCGUAACAAAUUAAGGUAAAUGUUUUGGGGUCUUCGCUUCUGAGAUGUUUCUGAGACGUUAUAUGGACGGGAAACCUCGGGGACCAUCAGGAACCAUGAACAGCAGGAGAGUCCUUGGCCGAGAAGCUCCGUCUCUGGGGACUGCAGUGAGGGGGAGGAAAGAAGGACACUGUGUGGGCUCAGGGCGGGCAUCGGGCAGCAGGGGACGGGCAGGGCUGCUCAGCUCCAGCUCCCGGUCGCCCCUGAGAGGGCCUCACUCACUCACCAGCACCCGUCCCCACUCCUGUUCCCCGCCCAGGCACCCUUAGUUCUCGCCUCACUGUCUGCUUGUCUGUCUCUUCCCUGUACUUUACCGCUCAUCAAUUCUGUCUCCUUACAUUUCACACCGAGGUGCCAUUGCCCUACUCUUCCCCCCCCGCCCCCCUUCUGACUUAUUUCAUGUUUGUCUGUCAAGCUCCUUUCCUUUGGUUGUAAAUGGCCAUGGGUCAUCUUUUUGAUAGCUGCAUAGUAUUCCACCACAUCCUAUCCUCUUUGUCCCAUCAUUUCUCCCUGGGCACGCGGGCUGCUCCCUCAUCUCAGCAACUGUAACCAGAGCUGCAGCUGACGUGGGUGGACAUGACUUUCUGUGUGGGUGUUUUCAUCUUCUCUGGACAGAGCACAUAUGCUAGCUAGCUUCUGCAAGCAGCUCCUGCCACUCUCCGAGAUGCUGGCACCAAUGUCUACUCCUGCUCGCAGUGCUCAUGGCUCCUUGCUCCUCAUACGCCUUCUGACAUGUGUUACAGCUGCUUUCGUGAGUCGCUCUCCCUGGCCAGAGGUUUCGUUUCCCUGGUGUUCAGGGUUAAUGAGCAUUUUAGUUCUUUAUUUUGGGGCUUUGGGGCCAUGCCCAGCAAUGCUCAGGAGUCACUCCUGGCUUUGCACUCGGGAAUUACUCCUGGCUGCACUCAGGGGUCUAUAUGGGAUGUCGGGGAUUAGACCCUGGUCAGCUGCAUGCAAAGCAAAUGUCCUGCCUGCUGUAUACUUGUUGCUCUGGCCCCAACAAUUAGCAUUUUGACAUGCUGACUGGCCACCCGCAUGUCCUCUUUGGAGAAAUAUUUACUCAGAUCUUCUGCCCAGUUUUGGAUUGAGUUAGGGAUUUUGGUGGUUCUAGUAUGAAUUCCUUGCAUAUCUUGGAUAUGAAUUGACCUCUUACCAGACGAAUGAGGUCAAACUUCUUUUUUCCAGGGUGGGAGCAAUAGCACUGCAGGUAGGGCACUUGCCUGGCACGCGCCAGCCGGAGUUUGAUCCCCAGCACCACAUAUGGUUCCCCUCCCCUUCCCACUCCCCCCACACAUACAUCUCAGGGCCUGCCAGGAAUGAUCUCUGAGUGCAGAGCCAGGAGUGAGCCCCGAGCAUGGUUUGGUGUGUGCACCCGCACUCCCCACCCCUGCAAAACAAAUUCCUUCUCCAGUUCACUGCACUGCCUUUGUAUUCCAUUUGCAUUUUCUUCUGCUUUCCAGUUUAAUAAGUCCCAGGUGUUCGCCUGUGGUUUCAUUUCCCUUAUUGCCGGGGUCAGGUCCCCCCUAAUAUCUCUCAUACUAAUGUCAUGUAUGUUUCACCUAUGUUAGCUUAUGUGAACUUGAUCGUUUGGGCAUUACGUUCCGGCCUUUCGUCCACUUUGAGUUUAUUUCUGCGUCUGAGUGAGAGGGGGCUCAGCCUCAUGCUUUCACCUGUGUCUGUUCAGCUUCUCCAGCCACACUCGUUGAAGAGACUCCUUCUCCACUGUACAGUCUGAGAUCCUUUGUCGUAGAUUAAAUAUUGACUAAUACGUGCAUUUUGUUGUAUGGACUUUCAGUUCUAUGCCAGUGACCCCUGUGUCUAAUUCUAUUCCAGGCAAUUGUAAUGUAGCUACAAACGUAGCUUUGUAGUAUAAUUUGAAGCCAGACCAUCUGAUAUCUUGAGUUUUCUUUCUUCCUCAGGACGGGCAAAAUUAGUUUUUUUAAAAACUCAAAAAUGAGUUUUUAAGUUUCCGUGUCAGCCUUAGUAUUUUUAUUCUGUUCCCUGUUAAAAUGCCUUUAGAAGUUUAUUUGGAUUGCAUGAGGUCUGUACAUUGCUUUUGGUAAAAUGGGCAUUUGAACUUAUUAAAUUUCUACACCCUUGUA